AUGAUAAAAAGCAGAUUACUUUAAAGAAGUUCUUCUAAACUAACACAAUCUUAAACCUCCUUGAUGAACCAAUCAAUGACUAUGGUUAACAGUAUUAGAAAGUUAUCAUCCAAUUUUUCAUUGGACAAACAAAUUGAAGAGAAUGGAACUGCAAAACUAAUUAAAAGAAUCACCUAAAAAUAAACUCAUAGGAGCAAAGAUGAUAUUUCAAGAUUACUACCUUUAAAUCUCAAUAAUGUUUAUAAUGAUUUUGAAGAUAAUUUUAGAGUUAUAAGUGAAUUCAAUAAAGUCAAAUAAGAAUUACCAUAGCCAAUUAAACAAGAAAUUGUAUAAAUAAGCAACCCUAAUUUCCUAAAAACAGCAGAUGGUCUAAAUUUGUGCGAUUUAAAUGCUGAGAAGCUAAAUCGAAUCUAAAUUUAUAGAUUUAAAUUUUAUUAUUUUAGAGCCAGAGUAAAAAAUAAGCUAAGUCCAUUAUAAAUAUAUUUUACUUUUCCAAACCACUCACAAAAUUAGAUAUACAAGGUGUUUUUAUCAACCAGCGUUGAAUUUCCAACAAAAUUUAAUUGCGAGCAAUCUACAUCGAGUAGAUCAAUCAAAGUGAAAACUAAAUCAGGAACCAAAUUAUUUUUCGAGGAUUAUAUUUUCAUGACAUUAUAUGCUGAGUCAGAUUUCAUCAUCAGUAUUCAUUUAGUAUUUGGAGAGUUACAUAAUUCAACUUUGAAUGAGAAAUAAUAAGAACCUUUAAGACAUUUCAAAUAUUGGGAUGAUAAACAGAGUGUAUCGCCUAAAAAAGACAAAAUUCUUUAAAACUUAGAUUAAUCUCGAUAUAAAAGUACUUAUAAACUUAAAGAAUUUUUAAAGGGAGCAGAAGUGACUGCUAAAAAGAUGAUUUCAGUAGUUGAAAAAGGAAAACAACUAGUAAAAGAGAAAUAAGAAGAUAGAAGUAUUAAAAUGAUGGUAAAAUCCUAAAUUCAAGAAUUUCGCAAAGUUGAAAAAAGCAUUUUAUAAUAAAAACUAGAAAGACAGAAUUAAUGCCAAUACUGGGAAAAAAUAAUUUCUUUAAUAAACAUUGGGAGAUUUGCGUAUAAUAUUUUACAUGAAAGGAAAAGAAAACUUAGGAUUCAAGCAAAAGCAAGGUUAAUAGUAUUGAGAAUUAAAACAAAAUUAUUGAUAGAAGUGUAAUAAUUUGGACAAAAUCCAUUUGAAAGAUGUACCAAUAAAUCUUUGCUACUAUUAAAGACAAUGAGUAUCCAUCUGUAAGAAAAAUGUAAAUUAAGAGCAUAAAGAAUUGCUACUGACUUUUUGAAAAAAACUUUAAUCUUUCAAACUGCUGUAAUAGCUCAUACUAAAAUGGUUUCAAAAGUAAGAAUGAUUAUUAAAGUCUUUAAAUCUAAAAAGUUUUAGAAACGUGCCUUUAAAGAUAAAUUUUGGAGAUUGAUUAAAAAUUAUUUUGGUCAAAACAAUGAGACUCCGUUGUUUACUACUUCCUAAGUCAAAACAGUUCAAAUUGAUAAAUCUGUCAUGUCCAAAGUUAUUGAAUAAUAUAUACAAAACAGAAAAUUAUUAUGGUUUAAGUCUUUUAAGGAAAGCAAGAGCUUAGAUUCUAAAUAAAAUCAUAUACCAGUCAUACAAAUAUUCUAAUUACCAAAUGAUAAAGAAUUUUCAUAGAUUAUGAAGGAAUACUAUAUAUUAAAAAAAUUCAAUUGA